AUGACCCUCGACAGUCAUGGCAAACUUGCAGUUGUUGAAGUUAUUAUUUACGUUCCGAUCGGCCUCUUCUGUGUAUAUAACAAUAUCCGACAUGGUUUCAGAAGAGACGUUGGCUGGAUCUAUCUGACAAUCUUUAGCAUCAUCAAGAUCGCUGGUUCAGUCAUGACAAUCCAGAUCGAAAACGGGACGAAUACAAGCAUGGCUACAACAGCUACCAUUCUGAAUACAGUCGCAUUAUCCCCUCUACUAAAUGCUUCGCUGUGCUUUUUGAAUGUUGGGCUGGAUAAGGCCCAUUCGUUUGCACGUCAUGUUACUAAGGCUUUAAAACUCGUCCAUAUACUCAUCAUCGCCGGUCUCAUUCUCAGUAUUACCGGCGGCAUUAGCCGGACAAAAACUGCACAAGACAGUUUAGAUGCCGGCGCACGAGAGCUUCAAUUAGCAUCAAUUGUUUUUACUGUUGUGUGGGUUCUCGUGGCUAUUGCGUGUCUGAUGUACAUAAAGAACCUUCAUUAUGUGCAAAGUGCUGCAAAGAGGCUUGUUCUAUCAGUAGCGAUGGCUUUGCCAUUUUUACUGGUACGAAUUGUCUACUCGGCGUUGAAUGCGAUUAAUCUGGAUACAAGCUCCUCCCACGGACACACUAUGAAAUUUAACCCUGUCCUCGGUAGCUGGCGUUUAUACCUUGUGCUUGGGUUGGCUACCGAAUUCGCGGUGGUGGCGCUGUAUACAGUGACUGGAAUUGUCAACUCCUUUGCUAAAUCUCGAGAUAAUGUAUCUGGCUACCAAGGAAUCGAAGCUGCUUUAUAA